CUGCAGUUGCCCAGAGCCAGGCUGGAACCCUUCGCUGAGUCCGGGAGAGGCUCCUCCGCUGCUUCCUGCCCAGUCCGCUAGGCACACUUCCUUUGAGUAGGCUCUAAGCCGAGAUCCCUGGAGAGUAGAGGGCUACACCCACUCCAUCAACUGGCAGUCCGGCUGCUCUGACUAAGUGGCCCUUUGGGACCAAGGCGGGAGCACUCGCUCACAUCCGGACCUGCACUCCAAGUGAGGCCAAUAAACGGUUGCGUAAUGGUUGCUGGUCGGUGAAAGGACCAAUCCGCGAUCUCUCCGCCCCUUAGACAAAGGCAUCGGAUGACGGUCAGGUUUGGUCUUUCCAAAAAGACGCGGGAUUGCAGCGGUUGGGCGGGAAAGCGCAGCAGCGUGAAAAGAGCCGAGACAGAAGAGGAAAGACACGGGAAGAUACCGCUUCAAACAAAAGACCUAAAGCACUGAGGACUGAACCUGGCCUUGCACUUGCUAGGCAAGCAUUCUACCACUAAAGCAACGCUUCACCGAACUUAAACUGGUUUUGACGUUUGUGAUUCAGCCAGGCCAUCUGUUUCAUCUCUAAGCCACCAUGAGCUACAAGAAGCGCAAACCACAGAUCUUAUUUAAUGCAAGGAAAAAUAAAAAGAUCAAUGACUAUUUCUCUCAGUGUGGCUGCUUUGCCAGGAUACUGGGAAAAAGGAAUUACACCAUCCCGAUGAGCCUGGAUGUGCUAAGGCAGGUUUGCACAGGAGGAUAAGUGUCUCCUCUUUGCUGAGGAGCAAGGAAGGGACCAUAAAGAAAGGAGGGAGCUACAAUUGAGAUCUAUGGAAGUCUUAGCUACAUAGCAAGACACAAAUUAUUGAGCACCUGCUACUGUUGCAGAGGAACUGGGCUCUAUUUCUGCACCCUCAUGGUGGUUCAUAACUACUGGUUCCGAAAGAAGAUCAAAAUGAUUCCACUAUUUCUCAAGCAAAAGCGGAAUCUAGAAAAUCACCAAGAGACUUAACCAACCUCCAGGACCAAAAACUUCUUUCACCUAAGAAAAUUCAACAAGAUCAGACACCUCCCUCACUUAAGACAAUUACAUUCACCUUAGAUGUGAACUUCAGGAAAAACAGAAACAUGAAACACACACUCACACAUAACGAGACAAAUAGCUUAUACACAGCACUUAAAACUCUCACUGCUGUCAAAGAAGAGAUAGACAGUCAACAGGGCAAAGAAAUGCUGGUGCGUGGCAUCGAAGGAAUCGAAGGCUACAUCAACCUUGGCAUGCCCCUCUGCUGUUUUCCAGAAGGCAGCCAUGUGAGCAUUACAUUUUCUCAGUGUAAAAGGGAGCCGGAAGAACAUAAACAAUUGUUGGAACCACAGGACCAAGCAUCUACCAAUUAUGUCCUAUUUUACAUUCAUGCAAUUGGCAGUAAGAAGAAAACAAUUCUGAAGUGUGGAGAACUUCACAAAAGUGGGAACAAACUCUGUGUGUUUGGUGUCAAAGGAGAGACCAUCAAGGACACUCUGAGGAAGGAUGGCAGGUUUUGUUCUUUUAUAGAGAGUGACCAUUGGAAACUCAUUAAUAAGCUGGACACCAUCAUAGAAAACACCCAGCCAGUUGAUGAGUUAGAGGGCAAGCUCUUUCAGGUUCACACUGAGCUAAGAAAGAAACUUAGGGCAACAUCUGUCACUCAGGAUUCUCAGUCAGAAAACAAAAACUUCCAUGAGCUAAAAGACUACAUUGUGGAUGAGUACCCCACACUGAAAACAGAACGAGAAAAACUCAGAGCAUACAUCAAGGAAGAAGGCAAGAAAAGAAAGAAGAAACUUUACAUAGUGCAUAAAAAGAACUUUGGGAAACUGACAAAAAAUUCUACAUCUGUUAAAGUGCUCAAGCAUCUUUCAAAGGCCAGUGACUCAGUCGGGUUCCUAUGGUGGAACAAUAAUGGAAACGAGGGCUGUGCCACCUGCUUUGUUUUUCAAGGACUGUACAUUUUCACUUGCCGACACGUCAUAACUGACGUCGUGGGGAAAGCAGAGCAAAGUGAGUGGGCUAGUGUAAUUAGUCAAUGUGUAAAGGUGACCUUUGGUUAUGAAGAGUUCCCACUAACAGAUGCCAUCUUUUUUGAUGUUAAACCUUGGUUUGAGAUAUCUGAUACAGACCUUGACUAUGCUGUCCUGGAACUGAAGGAAAAUGGACACCAAGUACCGGCUGGACUGUACAACGGAAUAGGACCUGUGCCAGUUAAUGGAUUGAUUUAUAUCAUUGGCCACCCGGAUGGAGAAAAGAAGUCUACUGAUGGUUGCACAGUGGUCCCUCAAGAUAAUCGAGAAAGAAAAUGUGAGGAAAAUUUUCAAGCAAGAGAGGCAGCAGGCUGCCAUUUUUCUACAUCUUUUGUCAGUAUGUACACCCAAAGAAGUUUCCAGGAACUGCUUCACAACACUAAUGUGGUUACCUAUGACACCACUUUUUUUGGGGGGUCUUCUGGAUCACCAGUGUUUGAUUCUAAUGGUUCAUUGGUGGCCAUGCACGCUGCUGGUUUCACUUGUCCGUACCAAGGUGGAGUUUCUAAUAUCAUUGAGUUUGGUCCUACUAUGGAAUCUAUUCUUGCCAAUAUUAAGGAAAACAAAGAACCGUGCUAUAAUAAAAUUUUUGGAAAUCAGGAGGAUAUAGAAAUGUGAAGCCCAGAAACCUCAGUACAGGAAAAGAUUUAAUCCAUUAUCCAAGUUUAAGGUAAUUGCCUGUGAUGUUUUUAUUCUGCAGACAAUAAUGUUCUAUGAACUUUCAAAAUGAUUUGUUUCACAAAAAAUGGAUGUUCCAGAUUAUUUCCUGUGAAAAGCAACAUGGGAAAGAAGAUUCAGUACUGGUUAGGCCUCAGGGUACUUGGUGCCAAGAGAGGCAAAGAUAUGAGGAAGGUCAGAGCUUAGAAACUGGAGUUGUGGACCAAAGAUAUGAGGGAAGAGAAGCCAAUUUCUGGAAACUCGAAGCAGUUUUAAAAACACUGCUUUCUUUGGGCCUGCCUGAAUCUUCUCUCUCCGCUGACCAGAGCUCAGCUAGGAUGCCAGGUCACAGGUUUAUGAGUCCUAAGCGGUCCCUGAAAUUAUUUGCCUUUCUUCAGCUUUGGCUUUCUGGCUGAAGACUUGGGUCUGGAAUGAACCUUCAAGGAAUGGUGUGGAAAUCAUUGAGCAGGCAAGGGAGCUGCCAUAUAGCGUGGGCAUCUGGGAGUUUCUGGACUUGGGUUAUGGAGGGCAAACACUGGAAGAGAUGGUUUCCACUUCAUGGGAUUCACCAUGGAGUGGGUCAGGAGGACACUGGACAUAGUCUAGAACACUUCUCAGCAGUGUGACACUCAAGUCCUGUUCUUAGGGAGAGGAAGGAAACUGUGGUCAGGAAGUAAUCUCACAACCAUGAAAACCAAGGAGAAUUUGUGUGCUGAAGAUGGCCAGAGGUCUUUUAUCUGAGGGAAAGGGGAAGGAGUGGGUGAGAUGGUAUGGGAAGGUUGCUAAGAGAUCUGGCAAUUGCAUAAAUUCUUCCAUCUACCAGAACUGAAGUAUGUCCUGGGCUUUUUGCUGCACCUGACAGCGGAGCUAACAUGAUCCUAAUCGAUAGUUCCCCUUGUUGUCCAGACAUCUCCUAGUGCCAUUGUAUGAUGUUUUGUUUUCCCUGCUCUGUGCAUUUUUCUCAGAGGAAAUACAAAUGGAACGAAAUUAAAAAACAAAAAACAAAAGUGUGAUAUCUGCAGAGAGUUAUGGAAUUUAAGAUGAAAGAAAAGUAAAGCUGAUUUUUAUGGCAUUCCGUUUGGGUUUGUUCCAAAUCCACAUUCUCAAUGUUAUGAAGUAAUAAAGGUUGUUUUAACACAUUUUA